AUGGAUAUAUCUUCUGAAGAUAAAAUGAAUUUCAAAAUUGCUGAAAAAAUUUGUCAUUACAAAGUUAGAGAAUCCCUGGAAGAAAAUAUCUCACAAAGCAGUGGAACGAAAGCUCCAAAAAAAGACAUAGAUGAGAUCAAUAUACCAAAUCUGAUAAAUAAGUCAUUAGAAGAGGCUUUUAAGGAUGUGAGUAACCUGGGAAUCACUAUUGAAAAAAAUGAUGCAUUUGAUUUACUCUUGAAUGUUGAAGAAAAACUUGAAGAAACCCAAGAAAAUACUUGUGACUUACAAACUAAUGACAAUGAAAAUCUCUUGGAAAAUCUUGAGGUGGCAAACGAAGGAAGUACAGAUAUUGGACAAAAUGUACUUGCUAAUGAUUUAGUACUUGUUCAAGAUGAAAAUCUUUUAGAGGACAAUAUUGACUUGAAAGAUUAUUCAGAUCAAAAAAUUAAUAUAUCUGAGGGCAGCCCUUAUCUAAGAGUAACCUUACCCAAUGAUAAAGUAAGAGUCAUCAAAAAAUCAUCAUUUAUUUGGUUACUUGAUGAAGGAAACGGCAGGAACGAUAUAGAUAUCCAACCAUCCUCGUCACAAUUAGGAAAAAAAUUUAAAAAUUCAAAAGCUAGAAAACAAAAAGGGAAUCAGAAUAAUACCCGAAAUAAUGAUGAUUCUGAUACAGAUCAUUCUUCCGAUGGAGAUGUUAUUUUUAUGGAAUCUGAUGAUUCCCCAUAUUUUGAAGAAGAAGAAAGUCCCUCCGAAGAUAUCAAAGAAAUAAAGAGUAUUGAGCAGAUUAAGCAGGGAGACUUUGUUUUAGUAUCAUUUGUGGGAGGGAAAAGAAAUGCCCAAAAAUUCAAUUAUAUAUGUAUGUAUUGUGCAAAAGAUCAUUGA